AUGAAGUUCGUCACCGUCGCCGUUGCCGCUCUAGCCUCCGUCGCUGCUGCCUGGCCUUACGAGAGCAAGUGCAAGCCAGCUACUUAUAGAUGCCAGCCUUACCAUCAAGCUUGGGAAGUUUGCAACACCAGGGGCGAGUGGGUGUUUGCUGGCCGCUGCCCACCUGGCACUGUCUGCAAGUUCAAUCAACAGAAUGGGAGCCCUUACUGCCUCCCUCGCCGCCACGACCUCUACACUGAGGAAUUCGAGGAGUUCGAGAUCUAA